AUGGACCUUCUGUCGAGCGAAGAACGCGUCUCAAUGGAGAGCUUCGCCCUUCUGCGAGUUCUCGGCAAAGGAGGUUUAGGCGUUUUGAAAUAUUCGAAAGAACAAAAAUUAGUUUGGAGGUUGACUCAAAAAAUGUUUGGCUGGAAGCGUUUAUUUUACUGUUUUGAAGUUUCUAAAACAAAUCCUUGGUUCACUGGUUUUUUUCAAGGUUCAUUCUUCAAGUUAAGGGGUUCUACCUGCCUCUCAACACUGAUAACUCGAGUCAAAAGUUCUGAAAUUACUCAAAUAAAAGAGGAAGGCAGAAAGAUGAUCAACGCUCGCUCACCCUUUUCUUAUGUAUGAAUCAAUUUCCAGCCUACGGAAAGGUCUUCCUCGUGCGGAAAAUCGGCGGCAAGGACCACGGGACAGUCUACGCGAUGAAAGUUUUACGGAAAACUCGAGUUUUUGGUGAUUGGAGGGAAGAAAAUUGGUUUUCGAGUUGAGGUUAUGACCAAGCAAAAGACUUUGGAGCACACUAUGGCCGAACGCCAAGUUCUGGAACGGCUCCGCGGCUCGCCCUUCCUCGUCAACUUGUUCUACGCCUUCCAAACCGACACGAAGUUGCAUAUCGUCAUGGGUCAGUCACUGUUCAUACUCCGAAAUAAAAAUAAUACUCUCUGAUUUAGUAUAAAGUUAUUUUCUCAGUUUAAACAGCAUAAAUCAAACAGAAAAAGUAAUAAUUUUCUUGGUAGAGUUCUUCUGGAUAUGAUGUAUUUUUUCAUAGAAAAGUUUAUUUCCCUUUUUUAUUGGUAUGACUGCAGAGUAUGUCCGAGGCGGCGAACUCUUCACGCAUUUGUGCUCUAGGGGCCACUUCGACAUUCCCGCCGCGAAGUUCGUCAUUGCCGAACUCGUCAUCGCCAUCGACAGUCUUCACAAAGUUUCUUUUUCUCUUCGUUCGAACCUCUCUGAAAAGUUUGAGUUGUUUUAUGCUUGGUUAUAAAUGAAUAACAGUCUCUUAAAAGGUAUCUAUCUACCGGAAAAAAAUUCAAGAAAAAGUUCGGAUGCAUUAAUAAGGUUAAAGUGUCGGCUAGUGUAUUUUUUUUUUUUUUAAUAAGGUUAAAGUGUCGGCUAGUGUAUUUUUUUUCUUUUGCCUCUCAUGAUUUUAAUAUUUACAAACAACUUAUCAAUCAAUAUACCUCUUCUUUUCAUCAACUUGGUUCAAAUUUUGAAGAGUUCUAAAUUUUUGUUUUUCAUCCUCAGAAUCCCUUGAGCGACAACGAAAAAAGAAAUCGAACAACUCGGUUUCAGAGAAAAGUCAUUUACCGGGAUCUGAAGCUUGAAAAUAUCUUGCUGGACGAGCAAGGCCACGUCAAGCUGACCGACUUCGGCCUCAGCAAACUUCUGGUCCCCGAAGAACUCGACCGCGCCAACUCCUAUUGCGGCACUAUAGAAUAUAUGUUAGUUUCAUUUUUUUUUCCCCCGUUUUUGGUUUAUAAAUGAAAAUAUUUCGGAAAGUAGAAUUGUGUUAAGGUUGCAUUAUAUGGAGACGUAUUUGAACUUGUAGAGAACUUGGAUUUUGAAACAAAAAGUUGUUCUAAAAAAUAUAACGUGAAACGUGGCACGUCAAAAUAGCUCUCUAGCCAAAAAAAAUCGAAGUUUUUAAAAAUUCUGCUCUCACAAAGUUCUAAAUUUUUAUCAAUCUUAUAAAUCUAAAAUCAGAAAGAAAUCGAAUCAGCUCAAAUUCUUCACCACUUUUCUCGGUAAUCUGAAUUUGUUUUGAGGUCGCCAGAGGUUAUAAACCGACCGGAAGGCGGCUAUUCGGACGUCGUCGACUGGUGGUCCCUCGGCGUGAUUUCCUUCGAGCUUUUGACCGGCUGCUCGCCUUUCACAGUCGACGGCGGGGCCAACACCAGCAAGGACAUUGCCAAGUCGACUUUCCCUCUCUUUGAUUCUCCUAAACGACGGUUUUCAGACGAAUCCUGACCAAGAAGGUGCCUUUUCCCAAAAACAUGAAUCCCGAUGCGCGCGACUUCAUUUCGGCCUUGCUGGAGAAGCGACUCGACAAACGUCUCGGCUUCAACGGCGUUGACGAAAUCAAGAAGUCAGUCAUUUUUUGCCCAAUAUUUAUUUUCACGCUCUAUGUCUUUUUUAGUGUGUCUCUUUUUUCGAUCUUGUUCUCAUUCGCUUUUGAAAAUCAAACUAAAGCCGAUUGCUGAACUAAAUCGUAGAAUUUUUUCAACGAUAGAAAUAAAAAAGAGUUUGGUUUCGAAUAUCCUUGUUCCUCUUUUUCUAUCCGAAUUUCUUCGAGAAAACUCAAGGUUCAUUUCUUAAAAAAACUAGAAACAAGUUUUUUUUUUUCAGUUUAUUGAAGUUGCCAUUCACCUGGACUUUUUUGAACAAUCAACUUUUGUCUCUUUUCCUCAUCAAAAUGCUCUGAAAAAUGUCGGCACCGUGUGGGCGUUGAUUUGUGGACUUCAGACACCGGUUCCUGGCAGACGUCGACUGGACGAAGGCCGAGAACCGGCAGCUGAGCCCGGUGAUCGUGCCGCGCAUCAGUCACGACCUCGACACCCAGUUCUUCUCCUCCGAGUUCACCUCGCAGCCGCCGCUAUACUCCCCCGCCGAGUCUCCUCUCAACGCCAACACCCUCUUCCGCGUCCGUUUCUCGACUUCUGUACAAGCCUCGCGAUUUUCUCUUCAGGGCUACUCCUACGUCUCGCCAUCCGUCAUUUUCGCCAACGACAACGUCAUCGGCGAGGAACUGUUGGCCGAGGAUGUGCAGGCGCUUCUCGCGAACUCCUCCUUUUUCGGAAAAUACACACUCGACCGGUCUGACAAAGGAUUCUUAGGACGCGGAUCUUUUUCUGUCGUCAGGUGAGCCUUCAUAUUUGGAUAUUCAAUUGAAAACGCUCUUCACGUUUGUUGGCUCUGAUUAUUUUGCACCAGUGUGGGGAAAUGUUAAAUCAUUGCCUUAUUCCAUUUUUCGUUAUAUGAUGCAGAAAGGGAGCCAUUUUAGCUUUCUUGAAAGAAAAAGAAAAGUCCUACUCUUUUGCUUUGCAGACGAUGCGAAAGAACAGAAGACGGCGCUGCAUUUGCAGUGAAGAUCGUCUCGCAACGCUUCGCGGUGCAGGCACAGCGCGAAGCUCGUAUUCUGGAAGCCGUCCAAGGUGCUUGCCAAGGGAAAAUAAUCUAGAAGAGUUUUUUGAAUCCUCAGGCCAUCCCAACAUUGUCCGCUUGAUCGACAUGCAUUCUGAUCCGUUGCACGUCUACAUCGUCAUGGAGCUGUUGAGUGGAAAUGAACUGCUUCAGAGAAUUCGAAAACUCGAGAGAUUCACCGAGGUUUCGAAUUCAGAGUACACUUGGGUCGUAUUGAAAAUUUGGAAAACACAUUUUUGGAAGAAAAAAAGGCUUUUCUACACUCUUCAUAGACUCUGUUUUCUAUUCAAGAGCCCCUUUUAAGAAAGAAAAAGCUUAAUUUUUUUUUGGAUAGCCGCUAUUUUCGCGAUUCACGGAAAUUCUAGUUUCUAAGUUUGUUUUGAUGGAUUUUUAGAAAAUCACCUACAGCAGAAAAAGACCUCAUUCUGAGAAAAAAAUUGAUCGACUUUCAAAGAGUUUUUCUAUGCAAAAAUUCAUCUCAUUUUUUUCUGUGGACUCCCCAUCACAAAAAGGUAUCAAAUAGGAAGAAUGUGAGGUUUUGAGAUGGAAGCGGCGGACAUUAUGCGACAGUUGGUGUCGGCUGUCAAGUACUUGCACGACAAGAAGAUUGUCCACCGAGACCUGAAGCCUGAGGUAAUCUAGAAGGCGUAUGGCUCGAUAGAGGACUUGAUCCCAGAACAUCCUCUUCGAAAGCGAAGAGAAAAACGCGCGACUGCGACUGGUGGACUUUGGCUUCGCCCGUCUUUUGCCCAACUCCGUCGAGCAGCAGCUCAAGUCAGUUCAUCGAAAGAUGUACGCGAGCAGGCCGUUCUCUUUUUCUUUCUUCAGAGCUUCUCUGGAUGGUGCGAGAAAAAAAAAAACAGCCAUCCAUAUUCUCCUUUACGAGUCGUUUUCAUAUUAGAACUUUAUCUCGAAUUUCUUGCUGGACCGCUUUUUUGCUCCUAGAUUAGAAAUAACUAUGUAGAAGACGCUCCUCCUGUCUUUUGUGUACUUCCAGUCCGUGACACAUUACAUUUUUAGAUUAGUCGUUUCUGUAGACUUAGUUGCUGUUGUUUCGUCUCACCAUCAACAGAUGCCCUGAAAUCGAGAGUCCCUGAGAUAGAAAUGCUCUGGAUCGCUCAAAUCCAUGUUCACGGAUUGCCUCCAAAGCUUUUCUGGGAUGGCUUGAAGAAAGAGAAAGAGUGUUUCGGUGCAUCUGCUCGCGUCGCAUCAGCUCGUCCCACUUUAACAUGUCGCACAUAUUCGACACCUACACGGAAAUUGACUCUUCUGUCCUUGUAGAAAGAAGUUUUGGUAAAACUUGUGAGAAGCACAGUUUUUUUUUUUUCAUAUCAAGGGAUCUUACACCUCGAGCAAACUCACAGAUUGACAACAUCCCAUAAAAAUAUUAGUGUAUAAAACAACAUUUUUGAUUCAAAAAUUAAUAGUUUUUCGAAUUUCCAUAACUCUGAUUACGAGGUUGAAAGAGAUUUUGAGGACCCCGUGCUUCACUUUGCAAUACGCAGCCCCCGAAGUUCUAGACGUCGGGGACAUGCAACCUGAGUACAACGAGCAGUGCGAUUUGUGGUCUCUCGGGGUGGUUUUGGUGAGUUUCCGGGGCAAAUCGCUUCGAGCUAUGGAAUAAAAGGAACACUGACGGAUUUUAGUUUACGAUGCUGUCUGGCCAAGUACCUUUCCACGCCCGAUCGCGCCAGGAAUCUGCCACCGAAAUAAUGCAGCGGAUCAGACGCGCCGAGUUUUCUUUCCAGGGCGACGCCUGGACCAGCGUCAGCCAAGACGCCAAGGAUCUCAUCACAGGUCUUUCUCAUUUAUCAUAUGAUAACAAUUUCGGAAAAAAAGAGGUUGAAGUUACUCAUAACAUGCUUUCAAAAAAUAAAAAAUAAAACUUCUACAUGAAAUAAAAAUUGUUGUCUUCGUAGAAUGGAUAUGAAACUUUUUCAAGGAAUUUUUGGGCGGCAGAAAUUUUCCUGUAGAGAAAACGAACAUGAAAAAUGAGAGAAACUCUUGGAAUAAUUUCUCAAAUUUCUUACGUAUUUCAAGCUAUCAAUAACAGUUUUACAUAAUAACAGUGCAAAUAAACACGUUCGCUGAGAAAAAAAGGAUGGGAGAAACGAUUUCUGGAACGGACUUGACUUACGAAUUCUUCGUAGGAAUCGUUAAUUAUUACAGAAAAUGGUUUGCAGGACUCCUGACCGUGGAUCCGAAGAAACGGCUCUCGAUGCACGACCUCUGGACUCACGCUUGGCUCAAGUCGGCCUCGAUGGACACGCCUCUGCGGACUCCUAGCGUUUUGCCGACUUCUGCUGGUCCGAUCGCUCUUUCUAUCCCUUUUAUGCUAUUAAUUGACUGAGUCUUCAAAAAAAAAAAACAAAAAGAAGCUUGACUUUCUUUUCUUGUCCCGUUCAGUUGACAGAACUACGAAAAGAUUAAGAGUACAUUUAGGCUCUCAGAGUGUUCGAAAACCUUAUAGGAGUUUCCAGCUUCCCUUGUAAACGAAAUGAUUAAUGAGACCAAUAUUAAAUAGUAGAACUUCUUAGAACUAAUCGCAAAAGUGCGUUUGAGAAUUAAUCUUCAGACGAGACUUUCAACGAAACUCUACGCGCUUUCCUGCACGCCAACCGCGACGGCUUCCACUUGCUCGACGUGACGGCGGCGCCCCUCAUGAAACGACGUGGGAUCAAACGACAGAGCGGCGACAAAGACGCUGCCAAUGGCGCUCCAGCCACUUCGAAGCGGUACAUUCCCGAGAACACAUUCCAGGAAGUGAAUCAUGAGUUGCAGGAUGCCCCAGUUCGAAUGUCUACCGGAGGAGCCGGUCGAGGUCUCUUCCAGUGAAUCUUCGGCGGGAACUUCGCGACCCACGUCUCUCAACAUGGCCUACGAGCAGUACCGCGAGCCCACCGGGGCUAUCCGAGAGACGCGAGGCUCCGACUCCUCCUAG